UAACAAAGGAGCGCCAAAUAAAUCUUCAUUUUUCAUUCUCUCUCUCUCUAAAAACUUUAAGGCGCGGGCUUGCUUUUGCUUUUCGCCUGUAAUCCAAAAGAGAGCAACCCUCUCUCUCAAGUGAGUAUAUAUAUGCCAUGCCAGCUUCCAUAUGGUAGAGGAAUUUCUUUUAUCAUUGAAAGCCACCUGUAGCAAAGGGAAGGAGCAAUGGAAAGCUUGAUUCAGAGGCUCGAGGCCGCUGUUUCUCGCCUUGAAGCCGUUAAUGGCGGAUUCAGGCCUGCCUCUUUGCCUGAAACUUCUUCGGAUUCAAAGACAGAUCAAGCCAUUGAUGCUUACUCCGAGUUGAUGGAGAAAUCUCUCUCCAGGGUUUUGGCGUCUGCUCAAAAGAUCGGUGGCCAAGUUCUGGAUGCCACGAAGGUCCUUGAAGAAGCUUUCUCAGUUCAGAGGGGCCUCCUUAUUCGGAUUAAGCAGACUCAGAAACCAGAUGUUUCAGCCUUGUCUGAAUUUCUUAAGCCGUUAAACGAGGUGGUCAUGAAAGCAAAUGCUCUAACAGAAGGAAGGCGAUCUGAUUUCUUCAACCACUUAAAGACCAUUGCUGACAGUCUCACAGCUUUGGCCUGGAUUGCUUACUUGGGCAAAGACUGCGGUCCAAGCCUUCCAGCUGCUCAUGUUGAAGAGAGUUGGCAAAUGGCUGAGUUCUACAACAAUAAGGUUCUUGUAGCGUAUAGAAACAAAGAUGCAGAUCAUGUAGAGUGGGCAAAAGCUUUGAAAGAACUUUAUCUUCCUGGUUUGAGGGACUAUGUAAAAAGUUUCUACCCUCAAGGUCCUGUAUGGGGUGUUACUGGAAGUGGAGGUCCUUCAACGUCAACACUUGCUUCUUCAAAACCUGUUCCAUCAAGUGCUCCUGCUCCCCCUCCUCCACCACCCGCUUCUCUUUUCAGUGCUGAGUCCGCUAAGCCACCCUCGAAGCAGGGGAUGGCUGCUGUUUUUCAAGAGAUCAGUUCAUCUGAGUCUGUUACUUCAGGUCUGAGGAAGGUUACAGACAACAUGAAAUCUAAGAACCGUGCUGAUAGAACUGGUAUUGUUGGUGCGAGUGGAAAAGAAACUGGUCGUUCGGGGUCACCUUCGUUUUCUAAAGCUGGGCCUCCCAAAUUGGAACUUCAAAUGGGUCGAAAAUGGGCUGUUGAGAAUCAGAUUGGCAAAAAGAACUUGGUUAUUGAUGACUGUGAUUCAAAACAAUCUGUAUAUGUAUACGGUUGCAAAGAUUCUGUUUUACAAGUUAAAGGCAAAGUCAACAAUAUAACAGUUGACAAAUGUACCAAGAUGGGAGUUGUAUUCACGGAUGUAGUGGCAGCUUGUGAGAUUGUAAACUGCAAUGGCGUUGAGGUGCAGUGCCAGGGUAUGGCACCAACAAUUUCUGUGGACAAUACAGCAGGCUGCCAAUUGUAUCUUAGCAAAGAUGCUUUGGGGACUUCCAUAACAACUGCCAAAUCUAGUGAGAUUAAUGUAUUGACCCCUGGUGCCAGCAGUGAUGAGGACUGGGUGGAGCAUGCAUUGCCGCAGCAAUAUAUCCACACAUUCAAGGAUGGGCAAUUCGUGACAUCACCAGUUUCGCACUCUGGUGGUUAAGCUCUUGUGAGAUGAGUACGCCUUUUCUACAGUUUCUCUCUCUACUGAUUUGGUUUUGGCAUGAAGAGUGAGAAACUCCGGUUUCCAUUCCAAGCUUGCAAUUUCAUAUCUAUUAUUGCAUGCAUCUGGGUUUGUUGCAUUGCUUUCUCAUGUUGUCUAUGUUGGUUUUUGUGGUAUUGUAAUUCUUUUGGUAGACUAGUAUUCAAAGUAUUAGCUAUCCGUAGGGCUUGUUUAUUUGUUGAGUUUGUUCCUUCGGAGGAAAUUGAAGUUUUGAUUUGUUAGUAACUAUGGGCAUAUAUUUUAUAUUUGUUCCGAAACAAUUGUUUGCUCUGUUUAUUUAGCCAAAAACAAAAAGAAAAUCACUUUGUAUUUGGAUUAAUAAGCCAUAUACUUUUUAAUAAUCUGAGAAUAAAUGUUAUUGUGUUGUAUAU